AUGAGCGCGAGCGGCCCGGCGGCUCCCGGGGACGUCCCCGCGCUGCCGCCGCCGCCGCCUGGACCCGGCCCGGGGCCCGCACCGCCCGCGCCCGCCGCCGCCGCCCGGGACGCCAUGGACGGGCGCGCCGAGCUGCCCUCCUUUCCCCGGGCCGGAGCUCCGCCGCUCGCAGCCAGUGACACGGUGCCCGCCGCGCCCGAGGGGGCAGGGGCAGCGCGGCCCGGCCCGCCGCCGCGCCCCACCUCCUUCUCGGUGCUGGACAUCCUGGACCCCAACAAGUUCAACAGCAGAAGACGCCGCUGCGUGCUGCUGGGCCCCGUGGCGCCCUCGGCGUGCGCCCCAUGCGCCCCGGCCCCCGCCGCCCCGGGACGCCCACCGCGCGCAGAGGAACUGGAGCGCCGCACCCUCGCCGCCGCCGGACCUGGAGCCGCUGCCGGAGCUGAGCCGCCGCACGCCGGCGACCCCCAUAAGGCGGACGCGGCCGAGGCCAACGGCUACUGCAGCGGCGGCGGCGGCCGCAGCCCGAGCGCGGACAGCGGGGACGAGGCGCCCGACGACGACGACGACGACGACGAGGCCCCCGAGGCGGGGACCGCGCGUGGCGCAGAUGAGGCGCGGGGAGGCGGCGGCGGCCUCGGGGCCUGCGGGUCGGGCUGCUCGGCCGAGGCUGGGGCGCCCCCCGGCGCCGUCGACGAGGCCGCGCCCCCCGGCCCCCGCGGGAACUCGCCCGGAGCCCCGGGCCCUCCGGGGCCCGCGGCGGCGGCGGCGCCGGGGGGCGCGGGGACAACUCCGCAGGGCGCGGCGGCGAAGCCCAAGCGGAAGCGCACCGGCUCCGACUCCAAGUCCGGGAAGCCCCGGCGCGCGCGCACCGCCUUCACCUACGAGCAGCUCGUGGCGCUGGAGAACAAGUUCAAGGCGACGCGUUACCUGUCGGUGUGCGAGCGCCUCAACCUGGCGCUCUCGCUCAGCCUCACCGAGACGCAGGUCAAGAUCUGGUUCCAGAACCGCCGCACCAAGUGGAAGAAGCAGAACCCGGGCGCCGACACGAGCGCGCCGACCGGCGGCGGCGGGGGGCCUGGGCCCGGCGCGGGGCCGGGCACGGGGCUGCCCGGCGGCCUCAGCCCGCUCAGCCCGUCGCCGCCCAUGGGCGCGCCGCUCGCCAUGCACGGCCCGGCCGGGUACCCGGCGCACGGCCCCGGCGGCCUGGUGUGCGCCGCGCAGCUGCCCUUCCUGCCGAGCCCGGCGGUGCUGUCGCCUUUCGUGCUGGGCUCCCAGACCUACGGCGCGCCCGCCUUCUACGCGCCGCACCUCUGAGCGCGGCCGCGGGCGUUUCGUACCCUGCGUCGCGGACUCUGUACAUAGCCGGUUGCUACAUAAGAGUUUUAAAUUUGUAAACGACUGUUCGCGUCAGGGCCAUGCUCGGCCUGCUCGCAAGCACU